AUGGGGAACCGCAGCGCGGCGGACGCGGACGGGCUGCUGGAGGGGCGCGGGCCGGGAACCGGCGGCGGCGCGGGAACUCCCGCGGCGGCGGCGGCGCUGGCGGGGGGCGUGCUGCUCAUCGGCGCGGUGCUCGCGGGGAAUGCGCUCGUGUGCGUCAGCGUGGCGGCCGAGCGAGCUCUGCAGACGCCCACCAACUACUUCAUCGUGAGCCUGGCAGCCGCCGACCUACUACUCGCCCUGCUCGUGCUGCCUCUCUUCGUCUACUCCGAGGUCCAGGGCGGCGUGUGGCUGUUCAGCCCCGGCCUCUGCGACGCGCUCAUGGCCAUGGACGUCAUGCUGUGCACCGCCUCCAUCUUCAACCUGUGUGCUAUCAGCGUGGACAGGUUCGUGGCUGUGGCCGUGCCGUUGAGUUACAACCGCCAGAGCGGCGGCGGGCGCCAGCCGCUGUUCAUCGGCGCCACGUGGCUGCUGUCGGCCGCGGUGGCGGCCCCAGUGUUGUGCGGCCUCAACGACGCGCGCGGCCGCGACCCCGCCGUGUGCCGCCUGGAGGACCGCGACUACGUGGUCUACUCGUCCGUGUGCUCCUUCUUCCUGCCCUGCCCGCUCAUGCUGCUGCUCUACUGGGCCACGUUCCGGGGCCUGCGGCGCUGGGAGGCCGCCCGUCGCGCCAAGCUGCACGGCCGGGCGCCUCGCCGGCCCAGCGGCCCCGGCCCGCCGCCCCCCGAGGCCGUCGAGACCCCCGAGCCCAUUCCGCCCCCCGAGGCCGUCGCGCCCCCCGAUGCCAUCCCGCCUCCCGCCGCCAUCGCGGCGGAGCCCCCGCUGCAGGGAAGCAAAAGGAGGCGCGCCAAGAUCACCGGCCGGGAGCGCAAGGCCAUGAGAGUCCUGCCUGUGGUGGUCGGGGCCUUCCUGGUGUGCUGGACCCCCUUCUUUGUGGUGCACAUCACCCGGGCGCUGUGUCCCGCCUGCGCCGUGCCUCCGCAGCUGGUCAGCGCGGUCACCUGGCUGGGCUACGUCAACAGCGCUCUCAACCCCCUCAUCUACACCGUCUUCAACGCCGAGUUCCGCACGGUCUUCCGCAAGGCCCUUCGCCUCUGCUGCUGA